ACAAGCAACUAGCCAUGGCCUCUCUUCAAAUUCCAUGCGCCACUCCCACCUCCCAAUCCCGCUCCUCUCCCCAUCCUCUCUUCGCCAAGCCCUCACAUUUCCUCACCCAUGCAAAGCGGCGGAGCAACCGCCUCCGGGUUUCCGCUACCGCCGGCCAAAACCAAAGCAACUCCUCCCAGAACGUCGAAACUGCCCAGGGGAGGGUCGACAGGAGGAACGUGCUUCUUGGUUUGGGAGGCGGCCUUUAUGGGGCAGCCAAUCUGAUCUCCUCUCCGGGCGCGUCGGCCAAUCCUGUCCAACCACCGGAGUUGGACAAAUGUGGUACCGCCACCAACUUGAACACUGGGGAGCAGCUGGAUAUCAAUUGCUGCCCCCCUGUUACAGACAGAAUUCUUGAUUACCGACUUCCCCCAGUUUACCAGUUGAAAGUGAGGCCGUCAGCUCACAGGGUCUCACCUGAGUACAUUGCCAAGUACAAUAAGGCUAUUGAUCUCAUGAAGCGCCUUCCGGCCGAUGACCCGCGUAAUUUCAUGCAGCAAGCCAUGAUUCAUUGCGCUUACUGCAAUGGUGCUUAUGACCAACCUGGGCAGGGAUCUCUGGACCUCCAGAUCCAUAAUUCAUGGCUUUUCUUCCCUUUCCACAGGUGGUACUUGUAUUUCUACGAAAGAAUCCUGGCGAAAUUGAUUGGUGAUCCAACUUUUGCCUUGCCAUUUUGGAACUGGGACAACCCGAAGGGCAUGACUAUUCCACCUAUGUUUAAUGAUACCAAAGCUGCAAUAUAUGACCCGAAGCGAAACCAGGACAGACUGACGGCAGUGGUGGACCUUGGCAUGACUGGCAACACAGACCCUCUCCAGCUGGUAGCAAACAAUCUCACCAUAAUGUACAGCGAGAUGAUUCGUGGCAAUGCCGACGUCUAUGACUUCAUGGGGCAGCCUUACCGCGAAGGAACCGCCGUGAAUCCAGGGCCUGGAUCCUCCGAGCGUGGUUCCCACACUGCGAUCCACGUGUUCGUUGGAGACCCGAGAGAGCCCAGUGGAGAGGACUUGGGCAACUUCUACUCGGCGGGUAGGGACCCAUUGUUCUAUUGCCAUCAUGCUAACGUCGACCGAAUGUGGACAUUGUGGCAAUACUUCUUGCCCAGCAACAAAGUCCCCGACAAGAGGAUCACGGACCCUGAUUUCCUCAACGCCUCGUUCGUGUUCUACGACGAGAACGCUCAGCUCGUCCGUGUGACUGUCAAGGACUCGUUGGACAACUUGAGAAUGGGGUAUGAUUUCGAGAGAGUUGAUCUCCCAUGGAUCGACUACAGGCCUCCCCCGCAGACCGUCAAGGCCAAGAUCGUAAGAACUGGCACCACGGCCCCGAAAGCAGACACUCUCUUCCCUCUCAAGCUGGAGAAAGUUGUGCGAUUCCAGGUCCCCAAAGCGAAGAAGGGAAAAGCCGACGAGUUGCUGGUUCUGGAGAACAUCACUGUCGACACCACAAAAUUCCUCAAGUUUGACGUCUUCGUAAACGACGAAGACGACAAUGCGUUCGAGCUGGACAAGGCGGCGUACGCCGGGACAUACGCGCAGGUGCCCCACAAAUCGAAGAAUAAAACUGCCACAACUUCCAUCAGGCUGAAGCUGACAGAUCUUUACGAUGAUAUGGAUAUUGGCGACGACGAUACCAUCGUUGUUACUUUGGUCCCAAGACACCAGGGCCCUGGAGUUACCAUUGGUGGUAUCAAGGUCAUUGAGAAUCCACCUGCAAAGUCAUCCUCUUAAGACGUGUUAGAACUGUAUUUGUCGAUUCCUCCUGCUUGCUUUCUGGUUUGCAUGCGUGCCCGUGUUUCUUAUUAGUAGAAUAAGAUUUCCAGCUAUGAAAUCGAUCGGGCUUCCUGUAUUUCAGUUAUGGGGUUGAUGAUCUUGCCUUGUAUGGCUCUUUCACUGCUUCUAUGC